CCUACACGCCAUCCUCAAAUUGCGCCCUUCGCCCUACUACACUUGUCCAUCCUUUAUCAAGCAUUGGAUUGGUCAAUUGGAUUCACCGUUGACCGCAAUUGAGGAUUGAUAUCUUGGGUUCACCUGAAAAAGAGUCACACUCGCUCUCCAUCUCUUGGUAUUUAUCUGGGCAUCUUUGUUCCUGUGUUUAAGGUUUUGAGAAAAUCCUCAACCUCCUUUUUUCUUUUCUGCUUUAUACCCACCCAAAACACCAAACAGACCGAUCGCUAUGAUGCGCCAGUUCUUCCCCCGCGCCGUCGGCGCUCUCAGAGUUCCCCGCAGCUCUCCCAGAUUAGCCACCGCAUGGCAAUCAGCAAGACUCUACAGCGUCAAGCCCGCCGCCGCCUCCGCGGCCAAGCCUCUGGGUCUCGAUGCCUCAAAACUCAUCAUUGAGAAGACAAAGACUCCCGGAACGCUGGGCAACCCCGAGGAGCUCGUCUUCGGCCGCAAGUUCACCGACCACAUGCUCACCAUUGAGUGGAACCAAGAACAGGGCUGGCUCGAUCCCAAGAUCGUCCCCUACCAGAAUCUUUCUCUCGACCCCGCGACCUGCGUCUUUCACUACGCCUUUGAGUGCUUCGAGGGCAUGAAGGCUUACAAGGACAAGUCUGGCCAGGUCAGGCUCUUCCGUCCGGACAAGAACAUGGCCCGCCUCAACAAGUCCGCCGCCCGCAUCGCCCUGCCCACCUUCGAGCCCACCUCCCUCAUCGAGCUCAUCUCCAAAUUCGUUAACCUCGACAAGCACUACAUCCCCGACGAGCGCGGCUACUCCCUCUACCUCCGCCCGACCAUGAUCGGCACCCAAAAGACCCUCGGCGUCGGUCCCCCCGGCUCCGCCCUCCUCUACGUCAUCGCCUCCCCCGUCGGACCCUACUACCCUACCGGCUUCAAAGCCGUCUCCCUCGAGGCUACCGACUACGCCGUCCGCGCCUGGCCCGGUGGCGUCGGCGACAAGAAGCUCGGCGCGAACUACGCCCCGUGCAUCGUUCCCCAGCUCGAGGCCGCCAGCCGCGGUCACCAGCAGAACCUGUGGCUCUUUGGCGAGGAGGAGUACGUCACCGAGGUCGGCACCAUGAACAUGUUCGCCGCCAUCAAGAACAAGGAGACGGGCCAGAAGGAGCUCGUCACCGCCCCUCUCGACGGCACCAUCCUCGAGGGCGUCACGCGCGAUUCCGUCCUGUCCCUCGCCCGCGAGAGACUCGUGCCCGAGGGCUGGAUGGUCUCGGAGCGCAAGUACACCAUGAAGGAGCUCGACGAGGCGGCCGAGGAGGGCCGCCUCAUUGAGGCCUUUGGUGCCGGUACCGCUGCCAUUGUCAGCCCUAUCCGCACCAUUGCCUGGAAGGGCAAGUCUAUCAACUGCGGUCUUACCGAGGCCGAGGAGUCUGGCGAGAUCACCCUGAGAAUCAAGGGCUGGAUGGAGGCGAGACAGUACGGUGAUGAGGAGCACGAGUGGAGCUACAUUGCUCCCGAUGUUGCUGCAUAGAUUUCGUUAUCAGAACGGCAUGUAGACUUGUAGAUAUCCAAACGGAAAGCGUUCAAUAUGAG